AUGCCUACGUACGACGCAGGACGAUACAGAGACUCGGAGAUCUCGUCAGAAUGCGUACAUUCUUCCGUACAACUCCUUUCGCUGUAUCAUGAUUCCCUUGUUUCUCGAGUCAUCUCUAGACUUCCAUCGACCAUCUCUCGACCGGCGCCCACACCGCAUUCCCGGUAUACAAAGUACUGGACGGCCCACUCCUCACUUUACCGUAAGGUCGCUAUCACUCUUCAAAUGGUUCAGUACACAGAACUACUCUGGGAAAUGAUCGCGCGGCGUCGAGGUGAAAAAGUUCGCUGGCGAGUCGUUAUUCUCAUCGAAGCUAUCAAGGCAAUAUGUCGUUUGUUUCUGCUACAUCUCACAAACUCGAGGCCGCUAGUCAGCCCUCCCUUACCAGAGCGCGACGUCGACCCGAGAUCUGCAGAAGAAGAGGAACGCGAUUGGAACGGGAUGCAAACACCAGUAAGCGAGCGGUCUUCAGACCUGAGCUGGACUAUGCCUCGUACGGGAUUAUCGCUUCCUUGCCUUCCGGAUGUGAACGACGUCUCAAAUUUUUUAAUAUCAAAGGUGCUCACUGCUGAUGACAUCAAGCCGCCCAAGGCCCUUUUGCACCGAGUCACAGGUCAAGGCCUGGAGCGCGAGGAAUUGAGAAAGAGAGGAUGGGCUAUGGGGUGGUGGCUCAUGAGGGGCGCUCUUUAUGAAAACUUAACCAAACCAUGGUUGAAAGGGUUAACUAGGAAGAUGAAAGGUAAACCACUGCUUGACUUGGUAGGCAGUGUGGUCGAAGAUUACGAAUACCUGUGGGACAAUUACUACUUUUCAACAGCAACUUUAUGAGCUGAAAAAUCUCGUCCCCCCCGGUCUGCUGAAAUAAAUCUACGACGAUACCCCCGUCGACUCGAACUAGGAUGUUUGAAAUGAGUGAAACUGAUUUGAUACCCAAUGGAUCCUGGCAUUCUUGUCUCUCUUCGUUCAUUGAUUGGCAUAUUCUCUCUAACUAUUU